AUGAUGCAACAAAAGAUAUUCCAUAUUUUCAAACGUAUAAAGACAUAGUUAAAGGUAUUUACACUUAUUUCUCUGAUUCUUACAGAAGGAUGUAUGAAUUAAGAGACGUUGAAGAGAAUAUAGACAAUCCUGAUUUGUUCAUAUUGAACAAAAAAGAAUCAAGUUGGCUUUCUUGGGCUCAAGUCAUUCAAAACUUUCAUUUGAUUAUUGAUGAUGUUUAUACUGAGUUAGAAUCUCAAUCGGGUGUCUCUAGUAUGGCUAAAUUUUUAUAUAAUUCAGUUGAUACUGAAUUCUAUAUAGUUACAAAAUUUUUGGCUGAUAUUAUGGAAACUUUAAUGUCAAUGAUUAACGUGUUUCAAAGUGAUUAUGUUUCAUUAAGUGAAACUAGGAAACAAUUGAAUAUGGUUAUUGAAACUAUCACUACAAAUUUUAUUGGCACGGAAUUUUCGACUCCUAAUUAUGGUACAUAUUUAUUGAUGUAUAUGAAUGAAAAUUCUUUAUCUAAUUAUGAUUUACCAGAAUCUUUAAGAACUUAUGGUGACUCUGAUGUAAAAUUUCUUGCAGACUUUUAUGGAAUCUCUAAACCCAUUACUCUUAACAAUACAUAUCAUCCUCCGAUCAUUGAUAAUAAAGGUGUGAUAAGAGAAUGGCAAAUGGCAAAAUAUUUAAUUCAUGGUUAUCGAAAUUAUUCAUUUAUGGAGGCUUGGAAAAAAAUUUGGGUUCAGAAUUUUCAAUUUAGGAAUCAAUUUCCUCAAUUAACAAAAUUGAUAGAAAUUGCUCUUACUAUGCCAAUUUCUAAUGGUACUGUAGAACGUGUAUUUUCUCGUCAAAAUUUGAUAAGAGAUGAAAUGAAUCCUGAUAUUCUUAGUUAUUAUUUACAUUUAUCCCUUAAUGCUCCUGAAUCUUGGGAGUCUUUUGAUUAUGAAAAAGCUUAUGAGUAUUGGAUUGGGCUUUCUAAAGCUAAUAAGUAA